CCAGUGACUAUGACAUGCCUGAAGAACAUCAAAGAUGCAGGUGAUGCACAGCCCCCUGGCUCAUUCUUGGCCCAACUGCAUAGCGACCUUGACAAUCCUGCACGAUUGGGUGCAUUUAACAUAGUUGAUGAGGAGGAAAGGGAGAGGAGAGGUAGAGGCCAGGUGAAGCACACAAGAGAGGUUCUUUGGUCCCGGUACAGGACACAGGUAAUGGCACCUUAUCUUGAUGGCCUCCAGGACAGCCUUGACAGAAGGUUCCAAAACCUCAAUAUCAUGGAAGCCUUUCACGUCUUGGGGCCCAAAGCAGUCAACAAGGAUGAUUCCAUCAACUUGGAAAACAUCAAGACCCUGUCCACCAAAUUCCUGCAGCAACCAGACACUCAUGCACUACAAGAAUGGUCAUCUUUUAAGCAGCAUGUACUUACUGGAGCAUUCAAGGAUAUGGACCAGCUUGCCAUGAUGACAAAACUGCCAUCCCAGCAUGAUGAGUGGUGUGAAAUCUACCCCUCCCUCAGUAAGCUGGCAGCUAUUGCCCUCAUGAUGCCAAUCUCCAGUGUGAACUGUGAGAGAGAUUUUUCCACCAUGAAUAGGGUGAAAACAGACUUAAGAAACAGGCUGCAGGGGGAACAUCUUGCAGCCUGUAUGCUGCUCAGCAUCAAUGGGCCACCUCUUUCUCAGUUCCCUUACAACCAAGCCUUGGAGCUGUUCUUCCAAAAGAAAAGAAAAAUUAAAUGCACACAGCCAGGCUGUCAACUUUGCCACUGA